GUCGUGCAUAUGACAGGACUCCAGUCUUCUGAAUCAUGUAGACUGACAUCAAGGUAGAGACAACAAGAAUUAAAUUUGUAUAUUUCUUGACUGCCCUCUAUCUUUCGGAUUUCAAUUUGUAUAAAUAUUUCUUGAGUGCCCUCUUUCGGCGUCCUCGCCUGGAAAAAAGGCCGGCUCAUAUUAGAGCCACCCAUCAAAGGCAACAACAUGCCAACCCGUGAUGGAACCCUCAUGUGGGGUUGUCCCACCGGAUUGGGGUGCCAGCACUUUAAAAACAUCGGCGAAGCAACCCGAUUCUUCCAUGACGACAUGUGCUUUUUUCCAAGACCUGUGGAGCCACAAAUGUUCGUCACGAAGAAGGUGGACACGGAUUACGUACUCCAAGAAGGCGAACGACUAAUAGUCACUUUCGACGAAAUGGAGUUGGGAUUUGCACAGGUGCCGCUAGUAUUGGAUGUUGUAUUUGCACUCCCCUAGGUACGUACAGGUACCGCUAUUGUACUGAGUGCAGGUACCGCUAUUUCCUUGAUGCACAGGUCCCGCUAUUGUACUGAGUGCCGAUGUAUUUACACUGACCUCACCAUACCAUCUUCCAUCACGAUAUCGUGCAAUCAACGAUCCCGUUUUGAUCUCAACCAGGACAUCUAGUACUACUACAGAUACAAAUGAACGACUACAAUCACCUAAUACAACUACACUACAAUUAUUACCAUCAACCUAAGGCUGUCUGCACUGAACUUUGUGCGAGAUCAAUUGUAUUUUAUUGUAGUAAAUUCUUACAGAUGCAAUCAACGAUGCAAGAAGUAUCGGAUUUGGAGGUGCUAGUGGAGAGAGUAAGACGCGAUUGGCGGCAAGCAGAGGAAAAGGCCUAUGAUUUCUACCAAGAGGUGCAAACUCUGAAGAAAACCGCCACCUCAGCACAACUUAAAACGGAACUCGCUGCUUAUGGAAUAGGAAUGUUGUCUUGAAUUUAAAGCUACAAUACUACAUAAUUCUGUAGAUCUGUUCCAAUUUCGAUUAAUUCUGGAACAGAUCUACACGUUCUUCACGUUCUUCACCACCACCAAGAGAUUCUGUUUAGUGUAGAGUAGAGUACUUUCGCCUGCACUCGAUUCUGUUUAAUAGUGUAGAAUAGAGUAUCUAAACUGACACUGUCGUUCUUCAUCACGUUUUUAGUGUAGAAUGUGACUCAGGAACAGGAAACUACAUGGAUGAGGAAAAUCAUGCAAGUUCCUUCCACACUUCUCUAAUGUGCAGCACAAAAGAAGAUCCGCCAUAUGGAGGUAUACUUCUUCGCCAACGUGAAACCGCUUCAUGAUCCUGUUUUAAUGAUAGGAAGGUGUCAAUUAUGGUAACGAGUCACCUUCUUGUUUACAUCAGAAACUUAAGUUUACACAUCAGAAGAAUCCACCUGCAUGAUGUGAAUAUUACUUAACAUUAUGCAGGAGCGUCCUCAAUGGUACUGAAUUAGUACAUCACUACGGCUACCUAAGCAUUGUCGCUUUUUUCAACUGACCAACCUACCACCCCAGAAAGUAAACUCCGAACUAACGGAGUAUUUCGAAGACCGGGGACGGCGAAUCCAAGACGACUACCAAAGACACCAGGUAUUUUGAUAAGAUGAAAUUGGAUUUUUUCUAGAAAUGUCAUACUUAGAAGAUAUUUAUGAUAAUCCAGAACUUCAACUUCAUUCGGUGCUCAAUCAUUCGGUGCUUUGAUGUGAACAAAGAGAUCAAUGGCCCUACCCGGGUCAUCAGUAAUUACUGUGGAAGCCGGUUUUGUUCCCCGCCCUACUCCAGGCAUUCUCGUGCUUUUUUUCGAAUGAAAAUCCCCGGAUCUAAAUAAACCCGUCCCGUUGCCGCGAGUACGAACAGAAAAGAUAGUUGAGAACCGAGGCAUUAGUCUACUUUCGCCCAUUUUCGUACGCACGAACUACCCCGAACGUCCCCAACUGGAACAGGCCACGAUAGAGGACGUUCCCUACUUCGAAUUUUCACCCCUUUUUUGUUCCCUGUUGAGAUAUGUAAGAGUAAGUAUUACUUAAGCGGUGAGAACUUUCCCAUUUUCGUCUUUUUGGUAAACCAAGCGUCUUCAAAGGCGAUUAACCCAAAAAACACUUCGUCCUCCUUGGGGCGCUCCGCCGGACUGUCUUUCUACACCUCGUGUGAAGGAGAUAGAAAGGCAACCUAUCCUAUCCUAUCCUAUAACUUCUAAUUUUUCUCCUCGUCUAAGUGAGUCUAUCGAUAAAAAUUUAUUCUAAUAUUAUAAUCAGGCGCGCGCGUUACAGUUUUUACACUUUAAAAAGAUGAAAAAGUAUAGCUUAAUAAUAUAUUAUAGUGCAAUUAUAUCAGUUAAAUACACCGCUUAAAAUAAUCCUCGUGGUCUAUCGAUGGUCUUGUUCUUUUUUACUUCAAUCAGGCGAUGAAACAAGAGUUUGACCAUCUCAAGCGAAUAAUUCCAGCCCUUCAGAAAGUAGAAGAUACGACAACCCCUUUGCCGAAGAGUUUCUAUAACGAUGGUGCAGACGACGCGGGAGACGCAGGUGGCUUCAGGCCACCAGAGAGAUUACGGCUAACUUCGAUCUUGUUGUAUAACUGUGUUUCACUUCGAUCUUCGCAAUCGAUCUCUUCCACCUGGCUGCUCUAAUCAACGGUCCGGUUGCGUCAAGAGACGACGUAACUGGAGGAACGGAGGGAAACUCACCUGUGAGACGUAGUAGUGCAGCAUUAAACUUCGGAACUCCACUGGGAAGCCCGAAAAAGACUGUUCCAGUGACUCCGAGUACGCCUCCACUGCCAGAUGAGGGCAGUUCCUCCUCAUCUUCUGCUGCGCCAAACCCAGUGCCGAUGAUAUCAGCACCAUCUUCAUCGUCCUCACAAAACGACAGUAGUAAGGCUGCAGAAGCUAGUGGUAAAUCAACAGGGGCAGUGCCGUUAAUCAAGCCGCCAGCAGUCACAAUCAAUGCACCAGUCACAAUUGCUCCACCAGCGGGAAAGAAGAAAGGAAAGAAUUAUGGCGAGGUUGAUCUAAUAAAAUACGAAGUAAUUGAUCGUUUAUAACCUGCUGUUGGAGUCAGCACGUCUACCAGGUGAACGAUGAAGCGAGGUUUGUCAUCAAAGUAACUAAUCUUUUCGGACCUACUGAAUUCAUCUACCUGGAAAUGACCCCCAGCAAGAGCCAAUUGGUGAUCCAAGCACGCUGACUAUGUCACUUCUUCUCCUUCUAAGACAAAAAGAAAGGCAGCAAGGACUCUGGCACGAGUUCUGUGGUUCCACCUUUGGGGAACCUCAGCGUGAAUUUACAGCAGCUACCAGGUGGAGCAGGAGGCGCAGAGAGUGUUAAGAUUUGUUGUUGUUGUGAUAGCAUUCUUUCAAAAUACUAAUUUACUUUUCAUUGGUGCAACAAAAUUUUACAGUAGAACGUAGUCCACUCUCUAAUCGCAGUGGCGAAGGUACGCCAUCAUCUGGUCAGGAGACGGACUCAACGCCUCCACUCACCCCAUCCUCCGUUGCCAGCAGUCAAGGAGUGCCUGAGGUACUUAGACAUAGCUUAUCAGAGUUCUUUGUGGGUACUGCAUACUAGAUGACCAACAUAAUUUACAGUAUUCUUUUUCAUCUAGACUUUGAGAUGAUAGCACAGGGUUGUACAACUAGUCCCAUAUAAUAACUUACUGAUCUGACCAUCAUAUUCAAAUAUUUUUCAUCUCCACAUCACAACCUUCCACAGAGCGCUAAACCUAAGAAGCUAGUGCGACCGGCUAUUGUGCCAGCGUUCAAGGUAGAGCUGCCAAAGAGAACGUCUCAAAAUGACGAACCUGGUCCAGAUCCACGACGUAGGAGUGGUGUAUGAAAGAAAGUCAGAGCACGAUAUUACGGGCAGAGCCUAAGUCGAAGUAGGAAAUCAAGUUUAUCUCGCAUCUAAGUAUUUCCAUCGUAACAACGCAUCUUCGCUCAAUCGAAAUUAAAACGCGUCUGUGGUUAUCAGGCUAUCAAGGACAUGUACUCGAGUAAAACGGCAACAAGGAGUUGUAACAACGAAGAUGGAUGUUCUAGGUAAUUCUCUUUGGCGCCAUAAUCAGACACACCUGGAAAAUUCUUGAUACCAAAGAAUGAACUCGUAAAGCAAAGUACUAUUAGCAAUCAUUUUCUCUUUUGUAUUUUUUGCAACAGCAUGGCUUCAUUCGCAGACUACAAAUCAACACAUGAUAGAAAAAGAUUGAAUCUAAGCAAUGACCGAGUGCUGGGUGUGAUGAAUCACGCAUUACACGCAAUGACUCCUUUUUGUCAGUAAUGAUCAGCGACGCUAGGGAUGCAUUGUCGUUGCGGAGAGCGCGACCAUGAGAG